AUGGUAUACACAUCAGCCAUCACAGCAUCAAUUAAUAACCCACGGCUACAUCUGCUCAAUGCUCUCCGAGCCGGCACGAAACUUAUAAUGACCUUUCUGGGGCUCCCGUCUUUUCGCUCGACCCAGGUUGUAGCUCAGACUGGUUUCGAUCGACGAUUCAUGCACAGCUCAACUGCCGCUAUCGCUUCUUUAGCAGUAUCGCCACCUAUUCCUUUAGAUGCCGGUGCACACGGCAUCGUUGUGCCUCAAAUCAACACGGCCGAAGAGGACAAGGCCGUGGUCUCUCAUUCAAAAUUUCCUCCACAAGCAAACGAAACGCUUAUCAUCUGCUUGCAAAUCGAAUCGAAGGUGGGCGUCGAGAACGUUGACUCUAUUUGUGCUGUACCUGGUGUCGAUAUGGUUUUCAUUGGGCCCAACUACCUUGCCUUGUCAAUCCUUGGGUACGUUCCCGCGAAAGGGAGUGAGCCGACAGCCCGAAAGCAUGGCAUAUGGGUCGGUCGACUAUCAAACGAUGGGGCUUCCUCCAAGGAACAUCUGAAAGUAUUCGAUACGGUGGCGCUAAGUUAA